UUUGAUUACCACAUGCAACAGCUGUCAAAGUUUUGUUAGCUGUCAAAGUGAAACUACAAAAACACAUUUCUGGCAUUAAAAAGAAAAUGAAUGAAGAAGUGGAUGACAAUGAAUUUUACCACCAGGAUUUCACUACAGCCUCUGAUUGGGAAGUUUUCAUCGCCCGUAUCGAAGAAAUAAUUCAUGAAUGGAAAUUACCAUAUGUGAAACAAGGCCCUGCAUUGCUUAAGAACCAAUUAUGGCAAAACAAUUGGAAAACAUCAACAGAAUGCAUAAAUUUUGCUGAUGUACAGUUUAGUCUAACCAGAUAUUAUUUAAAAAUUGAUGGUGCUGAUGAGCCAUCAGAUGUCGAUGAAGAUGAUUCAAAAAGUCAAGUCUUAAUUGACUUGAUGUCCGCAGAAAAUGAUUUUUGUACAGUCGAUGAAACCUCACCAAUAGUCCACCCUCUAGCAAGAUGGUACGGCAUUCGUGACUUUCUUGUUUUGAGUUCAGCCCAAAAUUUAACCAUAGAUAAUGAAAGUAAGAUUAAAAUUUUGCUCAGUUCUGCUAAUAUUGCUAUUUCAAACAGUCAUUGCGAAAUUCCGCUGUUUGUAAAAAUUUUAAUACCAUCUCAACAUGUGUAUCUUGGAGUUUCUGAAAUGCUCGGGUUAAGGACAAAUUUUGAUAUUAUACAUUUAAGUAAGACACCUGAUCGAUGCAAGUACUUUUCGGGACUGCUUGAUGUUUUUAAGAGCAAAAUUGCCAGCAAUAUACAUGAACCCGUCACUUUUUCUGUUAGACAUUGUUAUAGUUUACAAGAUUGGACAUCAAAUGCUUGGAGUCAACAACCACCAGACUUUGAUAUCUUAGGGGGUGAAGGCUUUGGUUUAGAAGAAUUGGGUUCACUUCCUUUUGGUACCACAUAUGAUCCUAUCACAGAAUUAUUAUUAUUUUGCUCCUGGCCUCAAUUGCCUGAAAAUGUUGCAGUUGAUUCAGAAACAUAUUCAGACUUCGAUUCAAAACAGGCUCCAGAAUGGUCUAUUAGAGUAAAAUGGAUUGACAAACCUGCAUGCUUGUUAUCAGAAUGUAUUUCCGAGUUUUUGCAAUCGGCUACAAAUAGUAGAACAAUGAAGGAUUUUUUGGGACAUAUUGCAAUGCAAAAGGAAACAGCUAACCCAUUUGAUAAAUUAACUGAACCAGUUAUACCUCCAAUAUCAUCAGUUCUAUCGUAUGCAAGUAAAAGUACAAGAUCACAGUCUAGGAAAGAUGGUCCAAUUCCAGAAUCUCAACUGAUGUCGAUGCUAUUUUAUUUAUUUCCUGAUGCUCAGCCUAAUUCAAGUACACCAUACAAUAUUGAUGCAGACAUCCAUUUAGGACAGAGUGAUUCAACACGCCAAAUAAAAUCAGGCCCAGUAGAUGGUCUAGUUUGGAGAUUGAGUUGCCUGAUGGCCAUAACAGGACACUGGUUGGGAGGUUCCAGGGCAAUUGCUCAUUUGUGGUACGAAUUUGUGGAAGAAUUGAGAUACAGGAUUGAUAAUAACCACAAAAUACCGGGAGUUGGAGGCGGAUUUCCCGAUCCUCGCACGUGUAUUCUUCACCAACAAUUACAAUUGCUGAAUUGCUGCGUUGCUCGGCAGCAAGAACGGGACAAUGCUGCUUCAACAAAUCCUGAAAAUAAGUCCGAAAGUCCGGAAGAUUCUGAUGAAGAAUUUUAUGACUGCUCCGAUACUUCUGCUGGGGAUAAUGGUACAGUGCCUGUAGCUUUACAUAAACCAGAAGGCCGUCUUUCUCGUUUCGGUUCAGCUCGUCUCAUUUCUACCGGCGAACCAAUUUACGUGCCCAUAACCCAAGAACCUGCUCCUAAAACUGAGGAGCAGCUUGAGGAAGACGCCGAAGCUCUGCUCCGUUUAGCAGGAGGUGGAGAAAAAGGCGCCGAAGCAAGGGCCAGACUCAUGAGUGCUUCCUUGUUGUCUGAUAUGGAGGCUUUCAAGGCUGCCAAUCCGGGUGCACAGUUGGAAGACUUCAUUAAAUGGUAUUCACCCCGCGAUUGGAUAGAAUCCGAGGAACUGGAUGAGUUUGGUUGUCGCAAAGGUGAAUUGAGUCCCAGAAUGAAAAUUCCGGGAAACACCUGGCUGACUGCAUGGCAAAGUUGUCGUCCAAUUUGCGCUAGGAAACAGAAACGUUUAUUUGAUGACCGAAAAGAAGCAGAGAAAAUUCUACAUCGUUUAGAGAUUUUAACGCUGGCCGAGUUUGUCGAAAUGCUUUUGUCUGUACUCAUGCAUGCUGCAGCAGAUCGUCUGCAUGUAGAAGCUAUCGGAUGUAAAGAUGAAUUGCCAUUAAUAGCUACGGAUGCAGAAUCUGUUUUAUUGUCAGUAGCACGUCUAAGCAGGGAACCUAAAAAUGUAUCCAAAGCAGAAGACCGCCUAAAAAGAUACGCGUUGAUUUGUGGUGAAAUUUGUGAACUCGAAGCUACCAUCGCACGUUGCAAAUCCUUAAGGAAGAAAUUUAAUACCACCGAGAAUCAGGAAGUUAAUUCGUUGGUUGGCAAAUUACUGGAAGGAGUAGAAGUCCCACUGCCAGGAGCAGCCGGAGGUCCUUUAGGAGAAAAAGUUUCUCGAAUGUUUAGCGACGCAAGAAGAUCUGAAAUGCUAUUAGAAAAUGAUAAUAAUGAAUCUAUAGACAAUAUCAUAUUGCCAGCACCUGUUGAGAAACAGUACCUCUUGCGUGUUUGUUGCCCAAGACCGGCCUGUUCUUCGACGGCCAGUCCGCAAUUCCUGAGAGCGAUAUUGCGUAACAAAGAUUUUCGACUUGUAGGAGCAUUUACUAACGAUACAAUAUUUACUAUGUAGAAGGAUUAUAGACAUAUAGCUGGUAUGUGGGAAAUGUUACUGAUUAAUAAAUACUUAAAUGAAUUUUAAAAAUAUUUAUAUAUUUCACUACAUAAAAAUGACUAACAUGUACCUAUAGACAUGAAUUCAAAUACCAUUAUAUGGUGUAUGUAU